AUGGAUCGAUAUAAAACCAUUGCAAAGAUCGGCGAAGGUGCCCACGGCGUUGUUCUGAAGGCAACCUUCAUAGAGACUGGGGAGGUGGUGGCCCUCAAGAAGAUUCCCCUCACUCGCCCGGUCGAAGAAGGCAUCCCGAACACAAUCCUGCGCGAGAUCAAGGCGCUGCAGCAACUGAACCACCAGAACGUCGUCAAGUUGCGGGAGGUGUUUCCGUCUGGCCCUUCGUUUGUCCUUGUCUUUGAGUACAUGCUCUCGGAUCUGUCCGAGGUCUUGCGUAACUCUCCAAGUCCGCUCACUGAGGCUCAGGUCAAGGCGUACAUGUUGAUGCUCCUCAAGGGCAUUGCCUACUGCCACGCCAAUAACAUUAUGCACCGGGAUCUGAAGCCGGCAAACCUCCUCAUCAGCCCCACGGGCGUCCUGAAGCUCGCCGACUUUGGUUUGGCGCGUGUGCAUUCAACAGAGAGCAUCAAGCGGCCGUACAGUCAUCAAGUGGCGACGAGAUGGUAUCGAGCGCCCGAGUUGCUCUAUGGGGCUCGCCGAUACGAUGUCGGGGUCGACUUGUGGGCCGUGGGAUGCAUUUUUGGGGAGCUACUCAACCACUCGCCCAUCUUUCCGGGCCAGAACGAUAUUGACCAGCUCUACCAGGUCCUGAGCAUUCUGGGGACGCCGACCAAAGAAAUAUGGCCAGAGCUGGAGGACUUGCCUGACUACAACAAGAUCCAGUUCGAUAUGAUGCCCGCGGUCUCGUUUGACCAUGUUUGCCCCGACGCCUCGCCAGAGGCAGCCGAGCUGCUGGGCAAGUUCCUGGUGUAUCCCAGCGCCAAGCGAAUCUCAGCAAGCGAGGCUCUGCUCGAUCCGUAUUUCUUCAGCCAGCCGCUGCCGGCCCACCACCUCGAGUUGCCCAUUCCAAAGCGCCAGGCCCGCGAGCAAUUCGAUGUCGACAAGCCGCUCGACUGGAUAUUCUUUUCUGCGGCCAACGACGAGUAGAGGUGCCCUGGCCGUCGGGAGCAACACCGUUGCUGCAUCCCAAGACCGAGGAAUACCGGAUCAU